CAUGCUGCGGCUGCGUGACGUCACUGCCCGCGUGCGUCUGCGCACGUCACUUUCCGCGCCGCAGGUCCCCCGCCGGUGGCGUCACUGCUCCGCGCCCGUGACGGCGCUCAUCAUGGCGGGCGGGCGCUGAGGCCGCCAUGGGCCCGGCGGUGCUCGGGCGGCUGCGGCCGCUCCUCCCCGCGGCCCCGCGGCCCGGCCGCGUCCCGCCGCCGUCGCGGGCCGCGCAGACGGGCGGUGCUGGAGCCCCGCGGCCGCGCCGCGAUCUCUACGAGGUGCUGGGCGUCCCGUCCACGGCCACGGCGGCGCAGAUCAAGACGGCGUACUACGAGCAGUCCUUCCGCUACCACCCCGACCGCAACGCCGGCAGCGCGGCCGCGGCCGCGCGCUUCGCCGCCGUCAGCGAGGCGUACCGGGUGCUGGGCAGCGCCGCGCUCCGCCGCAAGUACGACCGCGGGCUGCUGAGCGCCCAGGAGCUGCGCGACGCGCCCCGGCCCUCGGGCCGCCCUCCCGCCGCCGCCGCGCCGCCGCCGCCCCGCGCCCCCGCCGCCCGCCCGGGGCCCGGCCCCGCGCCCUUCGACUUCGACGCCUUCUACCGCGCGCACUACGGGGAGCAGCUGCAGCGGGAGCAGAUGCUGCGGGCGCGGCGGGAGCAGCUGCGCCUCCGCCGGGAGGAGUCCGCGGCACAGGGACGCCUUCGGAUCCUCUCCGAUCUCUCGGUCGGGCUCCUCUUCUUCCUGGGGGUUGCUCUCAUCUACGGCCUCAAGUGACGGCGCGGCGGUGGUGGGGCUGGGCAGCCCCCGGGGUGCUCCCCCAGCUGCGCAGUGUCACCAGCGGCCCUGCAGCACCCUGGAUCUGCUGCUCAGGCUGUGACAUUGCACCCUGCCAGUGUGACCUUCAGGCACGGGAAGUGGCCAGCAGGCUUCACGGGCUGUGAGCUGUGACCUUCAGACACACAGUGCCCCUGGCUGGCACGGGAUGUGCCCUCUGGAUGCCCUCUGGGGGCACAGCCUGGGCCAGACCACUCAUGGUGACCUUGCAGAGGUGCUGCAGGAGCUCUGCAGGCUCUUGAUGUGCCCCCUCAACCAACACCACCUGCACAGGCCUGGCAAGUGAGCACAGUUCUGGACUCUGGACUGGGAUGUUGUACCCUGGGUGUGCCCUGGCUGCCUGCAGAGGUUAAAGGCUGUCAGGGGUGCUGUGUGCUGCGUGUGUUCAGGGCUGCUGGUGCUCAGCUGUGCCUCUGGUUUCUGCUGCUGCCAGGCCUGUGCUGUCACAGCUGCUGGUGCCACAUCUCUGGGGAGCUCCUGAUGUCCCAGCUGAUCACCCUGUCAGGAUGGCAGUACAGGAGUCAUAGAUCAGACCUGAGAAAUGCAACCUGAGCCCAUGGCCUGGUCAGUGUGGGACAUUGCCUGGAGGUGUGGGGAAGCACUUUGGUGUCUGCAGUCCUCAGUCCUGCCUAGGGCCUGCCAGGAACAUUACACCAGCCCUGCCUCUGAGGAUUUUGGCUGUGGUGCACGUGUGAGCACCCAGUGCUAUUCUCUGUGUUUUACACGUAUCUGAGCAUCAUUUGCACAAGAGUAUUUGCCUAUUUAAAUGCUGAGGUGUUUAAGAACUAAAGAUUGUGUUUCUCAGAACCUUUUCCCUCUCCUUGGGUGAAGGUUCACCUGUGCUAUGCUGCUGCUGCCUGGAGGGAGAGAAGCUUCCUGGCCAUGGCCUGAGCGUGCCAAGGACUGUGUGGGACACUGGCUUUGCUGUCAGGGGGGUGAGCAGGAGCCCCAGCCUUGUUCCCUCAUCGCCCAGGCCCUGGGCUGUGCUUUGGCCCAGCACAAGAAUGUUACAAGUGAAUGCCUUGUGUUUGCACUGUGAUUCCUGUGAUCCCGCUCGGAGCCUGAGGCAGUGGCACAGCAGGGACACCGUGGCUGCAGUCUGCAUAGCAGGGGCAAGAUGCAGGUUGGGCAGGGAAAGAGGAAAAGAAUUAUACAGCCAGAGAGGCUCUGAGAGACCAAGAGGAGCCUGAAACCAACCCAAAAGCUAAAACCAGCACGAUGGACAUGCCACAGCAGGAAACAAGCUCCAGGAGGCUGCAGCUGGAGGAAGCAGGCUGUCCCCUGGGGGAUGGGGAACAGCAGCCCUUGCACUCCCCAUCCACUGUGGGGUACCAAGGAAAGGAGCAGAAGAGCCUGGGGUGGACCAGGCUGGGAGCUCAGGCCUCCUGUCACUUCUUCCAGUGAGGCCUGGUGGAAGUGGGGAGCUGGGUAAGGAAUGGCAAAGGGCACAGUGGCCCCUGAGGGGAUGAGAAAGGUGGACACAAGUUGAGGCUGAUGUGACCAGUGGCUGCCAAGCUGUGAGCAAGCCCAGCUGGCCAUGGGGUAUCACCCUCCAUGGGGUGAGGGCUUUGCUGCUGGCACGAGGCACCAAAAGCCUUCCCCGUGUGCAGGGCCAAACUGGUCCUCGGCACCUCUCCUGCUUGUGCAGGAUUGCUCAGGAUUGCUCUCAAGCUUGUGCCUCCUCCAGCUGAUCGCUAGAGGCUGCUGCAUGCUUGGACUAAGCUCAACCCAGGGGCAGGGUGAGCUUUCCAGGAUCCUCCGUGCCAGUCUGUCCCUGCACCCGGGGUCACAGCACUGGGAUGUCACAGUGGGAGGCACAGGAGCCUGGUGUGCCCUGCUACAGAGGGGGAGUCUCUGGAGCUGUGGCUCUGGCACCUGCUGAUGCAUUUUCAUGCUCAUCUUCAUUCUGUAAAGCAAAUCACUCAAAAGAUCAGAGGUAGCUUUUUGGGCAGAUUUGGGCAGGAAGCAUUACUCGCAGGCUGGAAAAGCCAGCAGUGUCCAUGGCACUAGGGAGCACUUCUCUGGCUCCCACCCAGACAGGGGGUUUGGAGUUCCUGCUGCUGGCUCUUCUCUUCCUCCUCAGGUCUCUGUGAUGUAUCUUGAAGAUUAAAGACAUCCAGCCAUAAAUUGGA